ACGACUUCACACCAAAACCAUUUAAUCACGUGCAACAUCAAACUACCCCUAAACAUACAAAUUCACUGUUAAUAAGCGCGGUCUCUCUCAAAUUACAAUUAUACCAUCAUCUUUCUUCUCUCUUGAUACCAUGAUUUCUUGAAAAGAAGAAAAUCAUCCCCCAAAUUUGAUUUUCAUUUUCUCUAGAAAAUAAACAAACAUGUCUGACGCGUUGAUUAAUGGAUUGGCUGGAGCUGGAGGAGGGAUCAUUGCUCAACUUAUCACAUACCCUCUUCAAACUGUAAACACUCGUCAACAAACAGAUCGUGAUCCGAAGAAGGACAAAAAGAAUCUAGGAGCUUUUCAGCAAAUGUGUCAGGUUGUGAAACAAGAGGGGUGGGAGCGAUUGUAUGGAGGCUUGACACCAUCACUUGUUGGUACAGCUACAUCUCAGGGUGUUUACUAUUAUUUCUAUCAAAUAUUCAGGAACAGAGCUGAAGAAGCUGCAUUAGAGAAGAAAAUGCUAGGCCAUGGUGAUGGCUCCGUUGGGAUGAUCUCCUCGCUUAUUGUUGCUGCUUUAUCUGGCUGUGUUAAUGUGCUCUUGACGAAUCCUAUAUGGCUAGUUGUUACGCGCAUGCAGACACAUAGAAAAGAGUCGAAGAGAAGUCUCUCUGAUUGGCGGUUGCCAGACACCACUGAACAAAAGAUGCUUUCUACCUUUGAGCCUCUUGCUUAUGGAACUAGCAAUGUGAUUCAAGAAGUUUAUAAUGAAUCUGGAGUUUUGGGUUUCUGGAAGGGUGUGUUGCCGACAUUGGUCAUGGUUAGCAAUCCUUCCAUACAGUUCAUGUUGUACGAAACCUUGUUAGCAAAGUUGAAAAAAGAACAUGCUAGCAAUGGAGUAUCUGCUUUGGAGGUAUUUCUUCUUGGAGCUUUGGCUAAGCUUGGAGCAACAGUUGUAACCUAUCCUCUUCUUGUUGUGAAGGCAAGGCUUCAAGCUAGACAGGUUAAAAAUGGAGACAAGAGACACAAUUAUGAAGGUACAUGGGAUGCUAUUAUUAAGAUGAUCCGAUAUGAAGGGCUUAAUGGAUUUUACAAAGGCAUGGGAACCAAAAUUGUACAAAGUGUUCUAGCUGCAGCCGUUUUGUUCAUGGUGAAGGAAGAACUUGUUAAGCAGACUCGUUUCUUGCUUACAAAGCCAAAGCCUCUUUGAAUGGGGAAUCACUUAUUUUAAUUUUGCCCAUAGAUUGAUAAUUCACGAACCAUGUUUAUUUGGCAUAUUCAUUCUAGUGAUAGGAAAUAGAUUGUGGCAUUGGAAAGCUUGCAACUCAUUUAAUAGAAGAUUAGAAUAUGGCUUUCACCUUGGAUAUUAUUUUAAGACAUGCUCCUAAAUGGAAUUUCGUGUUUAAAAGUACAUGCAAAAAGGCACGUGAUUGUCAAUUAUAAUAUUUAUUUUGAGUUUUAUAAUAAAAA